GUAUGUAUAUGUAUGAGAAGUGUUUUUAUUUAACUUUUUUACGCAUUUAAAAACUACGACAGAUCUGUUUAAUGGCACCGCUAAACAACAAUGAUAUACGCUGUAGCACACACUAGCAGUAAGUAAGCCAUAGAGGCGCUACACAUUGAAUUCAGUACAAUCUGCUUGCGUGGAUGCGUUUUUGGAUACCAUAAACAGAAAUAGCAACAGCAACAGCAACAAAUACUCCGGCAUUGGAUAACAAUCAGUUUGUAACGACGGUUGGCUUAGAACAGUAUAAAACUCAGUGCGUCUCGUGCGAAGAAAUCCAAACUAAUCGUUCGAGGUGCCAUAAAUAAAGUAAGAACAACAACAAUAGCAUACUGUCAAAGCUGUUGGCGCGGGGGUGGCGGACGGCGGGUCGACAACCAUCAUAAGUAUGAGUAAUAACGUAGAAAGUAACGGCAAUAGACGCACCGUUGAUUGGCAACGCUUCGGUCUUGGCGGUGAUGAUGAAGGCGAGAUAACGGUUGCAAACUUUCGUCAACGCAGCAAUAACAACACAGGGGGCUUUGUCGAUUUGGGCAAUGAGUAUACGUAUGCAGCUGGCGGUCAUCAUGCGUCCGGCGCUAACGAAAUCUUUGCCGGAGAGCAAGGUGACAAGCCAUGGUGGCGCUCGAACUUCUUGAUCUCACAGCCGGUGCUGUUUGGUACAUGGGAUGGUGUCUUCACCUCUUGCCUGAUCAACGUGUUUGGCGUUAUUGUCUUCCUGCGCUCCGGCUGGAUUGUCGCCCAGGCUGGCAUCAUCAAUGCCGUGCUCAUUAUUUUCUGCACUGUGGUCAUUGCCUUGAUUAGUGUGCUGUCGGCCAUUGGUAUCUGUGAGAGAUGUCGCGUGGAAAGUGGCGGUGUUUAUUUUCUCAUUGCACACACACUCGGCUCCCGUUUCGGUGGGGCACUCGGCUUACUGUACUGCUUUGGACAAGCUGUGGGCUGUGCCCUCAACGUGAUGGGAUUUGGCGAAUCGAUGGCCGGCCUAGUGGGUCUCGAGGAUAACAAAUGGGCCAUCCGCGGGUUUGCAACAGCAGCUGUCCUACUGCUCGGCUGCAUCAACGUGGCCGGCGUGAAGUGGGUGAUCAAACUGCAGUUUAUUCUGCUGAUGAUAUUGCUCAUAUCUGCGCUGGAUUUCAUGGUGGGCAGCUUUGUGGGCGAGGAUACGGAAAACGACUUCGAUGGGUGGAUGAGCGGAAAUUUUAUGGAAAAUCUUUGGCCAAAAUAUGAACACGGUUACUCGUGGUUUCAAGUCUUUGGAGUAUUCUUUCCCACCGUCACUGGCGUCUUAUCCGGCAUCAAUAUGAGUGGCGACCUCCGUGCACCAUCCACAGACAUUCCCAACGGCACACUGGCUGCUUUUGGCACUUCCACUUUCCUGUACUUAGUUUUCGUGCUGUUUCUGGGUGCAACAUGCAAGCGAAGAGUAUUAUACACAGACUACAUGAUCUCUGUGAAGGUUUCGGCCGUUCACUUUCUGCUGCUGGCGGGUAUCUAUGUGUCCAGCAUGUCGUCUUGCCUGGGUGCGAUGUACGGCACGCCGCGGGUUCUGCAGAGUAUUGCCAAGGAAAGCGUCAUACCUGGUAUUGAUGUGCUGGGCAAGGGUCGCGGACCUAAUAAAGUGCCCCUGUACGCAAUGGCUGUGGUGGCUCUGGUUACCGUAACCUUUAUUAUCGUAGGCGACAUUAACUUUUUGGCGCCCAUUGUAACGAUGCCAUUCCUGAUGACAUAUGCCUGCAUAGACUACGCCUAUUUCGCACUGGCGCAAACCUUUGAUAUUCAGGAGCAGCGCGAGGAACGCUUUCGUAUACAGGCAUCGAGUCCAAGCUAUGAGACGCGUCGCUAUGGCAGCGUAUCGGAUGGGGGCAAUGAUCUGGAUAUGCUAUUUCCGGAUCGCGUGCGGCACAAGAACCUGCAGAGUCCUCAGAACUCACCGAUGCAUCAAGCGCAAACAAUGCCAGCAGUGCCUUUAGAGAAUAUUGUAGACAUCAAUGAGUCAGCACCAAGUACUUCAUCGGGACAGGAGCCAGCGGCAAUGGCAGACGGCACUGGCGUGACCGUCGACCCUUCCACAGCACAGGCUGGCAGCGAAGCAGAUGAUGAGAACGAGCCAAUUGCCCCGAUUCGUCCGCCUAUACAUUCCAAGACGAAAAACUGGUACUCCGGCUUCUGCAAUCGCUGGGCCUCGCUACUGGGAGCACUCACCAAGCUGCUGGUUAUGCUGUUGGUGAACUGGUAUUAUGCCUUAACAUGUUUUUUGGUCGUAUUCGUCGUUUGGUUCUAUGUGGGCACAGCUAAUCCCGCCGUCAAGCCUGGCUUGACUGCAGAGUUCAACUUUUUUGGCUGGCUCAAGAGCGUGAUUUUCCGUUGCUUUGGAAAACGCAUGCACGAGUAUGAGCAAAUUGUUGUGACACCAUCUUGCCCAGGCGUGGAUCUCUCGCCCACACAAUUGAAUGAGCAGAACGAGGACUUCAGGCCGCGUCCAAACUAUCAUCAUUCAUCGGUAAUAGAGGGACGGCUGAUAGACGACAUCUAGACUUUUGGCCAUGGGCCGUAAACAGUGGGAUCAUGGGUUAUUGGGAAACGCGGCAAGCAAUAUUUUGAGUGCAUUUUGCUAACACUAAACUAAUUCAAUGAUAACAUACAAAUGUAAAGUGCAACACUAAAGGUAGUUAUGUUAAAUCCAGCACAUGCAUUUAGAAGCGAUCUUCCCACACACACACACUCAAAGACCGAACCCAGCGCACAUUGCAGCUUUAGCUAAAUUAAAAUUACUUGUGUACUAAUUAUUUAUUAAUUGUAAGUUCAAGAAUUUAAUCUGCUUUUAAUAUGUUCCUUUCUUGUGUAAAGUCAUUUUGCUGAUUUCCUAUUGUUUAAUUCUUAGAAAGCCUGUAAAAUUGUUGCUUAAUAGAUAUGUUUCCAUACGUUUUGUAUUGUCUCAAAGCACAUACAUGCAUAAUUUAUUUGAGGAAACAUAUGUGAUAAUGAGAUAAUAAGUAAAAACAAUCAAAAACAAAGGAGAAACCCAACAACAGCCCAAAACAAAGCAGAAGCAAAUUGUUUUGCAAAUUUGGCGCUUUCGCUAUCUAUGAUACCACAAAGGCGAAAAAUUAUCAAUGAAACUGAUUUGAUUGAAAUACCUUAUGUUCUAAAUAUAUGUAUCUUAACUCACACACACAAACAACACAAGCACUCACACACACAAAAUUGAUUAGCCAUCGUCCGCAAGAGCCACGAAAUCACAACCAAUUCAAGCCCAAUUCUUUAAAUGCAA